UUACCAAAAUCACUUAUCGCUAAUAAAUCUGAUAGACCUAUUGCAUCAAUUCGUGAUAAAGAAAUAAGUACUUUAAGCGAUAAUGAUAUUUUCAAAAAGAAGAAUUAUCUUGCAACGUAA